GGUGGCUCACAGAGUGCUUCGCUACCCACCCCUCCCUGCCUGCCCGGGGAUAAAAUCCCCCGGGGCUGCUGCCCAGCUCCCCGGAGGGUCCGAGCCAGCGCCCGCUGCCGUGCCGAGCUCCUGAGGGGACGCAGGGAAGGGACAGAUGGGACCGACGAGGACGCUGAGGCUCGGCCUGCUGGGCUGCCUGCUGCUCGUCCCCUGGCUGCGCGGGCAGGAGCUGGCCACCUGCGCCUGGGGCUGGGUGCCCUCCGAGGAGGGGUGCUACGGCUUCUUCCCCCGGGAGCUGAGCUGGAGAAGGGCAGAGGCCUUUUGCCAGCGCUUCGGGGCGGGCACCCACCUGGCCUCGGUGCACAGCGCGGAGGAGCACCAGGCCAUCGCCACCCUGCUCUCCUCCCGCUCCGGCAAUGACAGUGAGGAGGAGGAGGCCAGGGACGAUGGCAUCUGGAUCGGCCUCCACCGUCCCCUGGGGAGCCGCCGCUGGCAGUGGUCGGACAGCUCAGAGGUGGACUAUGGCUCCUGGCACCGGCAGCCCAGCUCCAGGAGGAGAGCCUGCGUCGCGCUGCAGGACUCCGCUGAUUUCAUGACGUGGUACAGUGACGCCUGCGCCGACAGAAAACCCUUCAUCUGCAAGUCCGCCGCCUAGAACCGGGGGCAGCCCCCCAGUGCCAGCCCCGCCGCCCUCCCUGCCUGUGCCCCCCACUGGACACCCCCACCAGCCUCCCUCCCUGACCCCUCCCACCCACCACCUCUGCCCGACCCCCCUGCCCACCCCCCCUGCCUGCCAUCCCUACCUGUCCCCCUGCCCACUAUGGCCACCAGCCGCAGUAAAGG